UAAAUAUAUUUUAUUGCUCCACAGAGAUGGCAGCGGUCUCAGUACCCGGCGUUUGGAGAAAAGGCCUCACGUGGAUCAUCGCAGGCGUCCCACGUCGAGAAUUUUGGUCUCGAUUCAGAGAACAGAAAAAGCCAGUGGUGGCUGAGGCGGUAGAGGAGGUGAAGACAGAACCCGUCCUGGCGUGCCCGCCCUUACGCAGCCGAACGUACGUAUCUCCUGAAGAUCUCCAGAGCCGUUUGCAAUCGAGCGUCCAAGACAUUUUUGGCUCAUCUGCUCCUAGCAGUUGGCAGGACAUCUCCCUGGAAGACGGGCGCCUGACGUUCAGUUUCUUGGCACGUUUAGCUGACGGCUUGGGCCACGCAGAGCCUAACUCCAGGCUCCAUGAGAUGUGCAGGGUCAGGGAUGUCCUCGAGUUCUAUAACCUGCCUGUUCAGGAUGGAUCUAAAUUUGAUGACCUUGUGGCCAGCAAUCUGCCUCCCAAUAUAAAAAUCACGUGGGGCUACUGAGCAAUUCAGAAGAGAAAUUGAAAUUAUUGUAAUCAUCUCCCCGCCCCCCUCCCCCCACCAAGGAGGCCACCUAUCAGACCUUUUGAUACUUUGAAAUACUCUCAGAACUGUUCUCCAAAACCACUUGUUCU